CACAUCCGAUGCACUCGCGCUCCGAGCCAGUUUGAAACCGUGUUUCUUGGUGGGAGGGUGUUUUUGUUGCUCUGCCCACCCGGAUUCCUCGUGCUUUGUUGCAAUCAAAGUUGCGGCGAAAAUUGUUGACACGAACGCGUCCGGUUCGAACAUGUAGAGUGCAUUUGGACUGUUCGGCGGGUUGAAACUGUGCGUUGGUUUUUGACGGUGCGACGAUGUUGUACAUUUUGCCGCCGCUGACCACUCAGAACCCCCCAAACUGGAACAGCAUUUUAUGCCAGAACGAAAGCAGGAAUGGUAACCGGGAAGGGAACGGCAACAACUGGAACGAGACCAAGACCAAGCCGCCCAGGAUUCGGCUGCGAAACUUGCAGAUCAUAAAGCUGGAAGAUGAAAUAAGCAACACACAAGAUGACACCGACAGCAACAGAAAUCCCAAAAGCCUCAGCGAAUGUUACUUCGCGGGCAAGGGCACCGCGUUGGUGCUUCCCGACGCGUCGGAGGCCCAAAAGGCCCCGAAUGGGGUCAACAUCAACGGCAGCCGCUUCGGCCAAACGAACAGCACAACCGGUACCAGCAGCAACAUCCAGAAGCACCUACAGUCCAUGUUCUACCUCCUUGAACCGCAGGAAACGCUCAAAAUGGCUGUUAAACUGGAGAGCGUGCAUCCCUCCAGGACCAGGUAUCUGGUGGUGGUGUCGAGGUCGGAGAGUCGGGGCGAAGAGUCAUGUCUGUUGGGCAUCGAUUGCAACGAAAAGACCACGGUGGGUCUGGUGCUCAGGGUUUUGGCCAACACCAGGAUCACACUGGAUGGAGAUGGGGGCUUCAGCGUCACAGUCGGAGAUCGCCACCACAUAUUCAAACCAGUAUCCGUACAAGCGAUGUGGUCCGCAUUGCAAACGUUGCACAAAGUGAGCGCCAAAGCGCGCGAGCAGAACUACUUUCAGGGCGGCAUGACGCACGGUUGGGCCGACUACUACGAGCGGCGCAUAGAGUCGGACCGUUCCUGCCUCAACGAGUGGCACGCCAUGGACAAUCUCGAAUCGAAGCGGCCGCCCUCGCCCGACUCCAUCCGGACCAAACCAACGGCUCGCGAAGAGACCGAAAGCUACAUCAGGACCACGCUCAAGGAGAUCAUGAUGUCGGUGGAUCUCGAUGAAGUGACCAGCAAGGUGAUCCGUACGCGACUUGAGGAAGAGUUGGAUAUGGAUCUCGGGGAGUACAAGAGCUUCAUCGAUCAGGAAAUGUUGGUCAUUUUGGGACAGAUGGAUGCACCCACGGAGAUUUUUGAUCAUGUCUAUCUCGGAUCUGAGUGGAACGCUUCCAAUUACGAGGAAUUGCAAAAGAAUGGGGUUGGCCACAUUUUGAACGUGACCAGGGAAAUUGACAACUUUUUCCCGGGCACAUUCGACUACUUAAACGUUCGAGUCUACGACGACGAAAAAACUGACUUGCUUAAGCAUUGGGACGACACCUAUAAGUACAUCACCAAAGCAAAGGAGAACGGUUCCAAGGUGUUGGUGCACUGCAAGAUGGGCGUCAGUCGGUCGGCGUCUGUGGUGAUUGCUUACGCCAUGAAGGCUUACAAUUGGGACUUCGGCAAGGCGUUUGAGCACGUGAAGGAGAAGCGUACCUGCAUUAAGCCCAACAGCAGCUUCUUGAUACAGUUGGAGACGUAUCAGGGCAUGCUAGAUGCCAUGAAGAACAAAGAGAAGCUGCUGCGCUCUAAGUCGGAGACCAAUUUGAAGUCGCCCGCAGUUUGCACUAAGACUGACAAGAUCUCUCCUCAAGCUGUGCUAGGAACCGAACCGACCGUUUCCGUCGAGGCACUGUCGAAGUCAUUCAACAUGCAGACAACGGGCGAGGAUCUGAAACAGUUCGGAGAGAGGCCCAAGUCCUGGUCACCAGAUAACCUCGCCACAGACGAGCUGUUGCGUGGCACAAAGUCAUCUCCAGUUUUCUUAUCUCUAGAAAAUCUCAGCCAGAAAUCCUCAUCGAAGGAGUCGGUUAAGAGCCAACAGACUGAUGGGAAGGUGUCGAACGGUGCCUUCCCGCGUCACGUGUUAAUGCCCUGUGAUAACGGGGAAUCCUAUAGCGUUUCCCCGAACCAAAUAGUUCAUUUACCCGGCCAUCAUGAUCAGAGCCAAAUGACGGCGUCGGUCCGAGAGCGGGUUCACGCCAUGGACAAACGAUCGGACGUCAAAAAGAAGCUGAUAUUGAAUCUGUCGAAGAACGGUAACCAGCAAACGGACACAAACGGUUGUAACGAGCCCAACGUCCAGUUGAAGGGAGUGUCAGCGAUAAAGGAGACGUGGGACCCGGGGGAGGGAUGCACCCCGCUGCCAGAAGACAAUAAGAGCCCCAGUGACAGUACAAGUGACGCCUGUGAUAGUGUGUGUGAAAGUAGUCAGAACGGUACAACGUUAUGGACAAGUGCUGUGACCUUAAGCGAUAGUAGUAGUAUUAACAAAGUUCCUGAACAGCAGACCGUCAUACGGCACAAAGCCGCCGGCCUGCGUCGAGAUGGAGACGUCUUUUCAAACCAAGUGGAUAGGGCGUUCGAACGGGAGGAGAAACGUCAACAGCGAAUGUCAAUGUCCGUGUUACCGUCUUCGGUGCCGGAACUGUCGGCCGCCGGUGUCAGAGAGUGUCCGUCGCGUCAAAACUCCUGGGGUUCGUACGACAGCGCCGUGGUGUUGAGUUAUCAGAGCGAAAAUUCCGACGUGCUCAGCAGGCAGAGCUCGUGGGGCUCGGGCGAUACCAGAACGCAUCUUUCGCGUAACAGUAGCUGGGGCUCCUAUGACAUGAGGAAUCGCACGCAUCACGUUAAUGAUAGAGAUAAGGAAAGAGCUCCGGCGGAAGCCAUUAACCCGGUGUUCGUAUCAAACACCUGUGAAGACCGGACUGUUUCCAGUGCCAUAUCCGAUAAGAUCGACAUACCAAGCGGCAGCGACGAGCACAACAAGCAGCAACUACAGCACACGGACAAUAGCCGACUGUCAAUCAGUGCGCCCGAACCGUCCUCCAUGGAACUCGUAUCUCAGGAAUGUUCGUUGUCGCGAUCCGCGUCCAACGUGUCCGGCAUGGGAAAAAUGUCGAGGGACGCGUCCAGUUCUGUGGUCAGCACGGCCCAGUGCUCUUCCGUCAGACAGCAUCGAACAUUCCUGGAAAACCUGCACAAAGACGCGAAAAUUCAAACGCGAAAAAGUGACGAUCUUCUAGAAAAUUCGUCAGGAAAAGUGCGCAACUUGAAGAAAGAAUUCGAAGCAAAAUCGAGCACAAACAUCGAUGUGAACAGCGUCGGGAAUGCCGACACGACGACGGUGAUCAGCGAUUCCGUGAAAACAAAGAACCGCGUGAAUAGUUUACCAACAAGUCCUGUGAUCCAGACCAAGGAUGCGAAAGAAAGGUCGGAUGAAGAUUUAAAUUUUAAACACCUGAUUGGCUACUUCGAGAAUAAAGAGGAGCCAACGGUGAAUCUUCGACAAAAAGGAAAAGUGUUCGGCAGCCAGAAUCGAAACGCUCGUUACUCAUGCACCGAUAUAGGUGGCGAAAGGAGUGCGCAGAGCAAAACACCGCUUAUAUCCAACUUGAACAAAGCCAUCAACGACGGUGAAUACAAAAGGCCACCGAUUCCCGCCGUAAGGAAUGCUUCUCCCAAGUACGUGGUGGCGGCGACUGUGAUAGCUAGCGCUGCAGCAAAGAAGCAACAACAGUACGGCAAAAGCCAUCCAUUAGCCCGACUAAGCAUCAAACCCAGACACAACAAUCCCGUUUACAACACCAUGUAAUGCUCAAAUUACAUUCUAAGGCUGUGACUUCCUUAUACUAAACGGCGCAAGUCCAUGAGUUAGACCUCCUCUUACGUUUGUAAAGUGACAUUAAAUAAUUACAAAUAUUAAUUGUGCUGCCUAUUUUUUUUUCUAUACGACAUUACCAAAAUAAAAUUAAAUACAUUAAUAAACCAUUAUUAACUACAGUGCAUGAUUUUAACUCAUUUGUCUAAUUCCAAGUUACCUAACUAACGCUAUUGCGUUAAUUUAUAUUAGAGGAAAUCUACACUUAUUGGCCUUGUCCCGCAUACGUAUUUUUUAUUAUUUUACUCCACUCAGAUCUGACAAUAAUAAAAUUAUUUUCCCUAUAACUUUCAUAACACACCUUUUGAUUUGACUGGAGUAAACUACAGAGGAUAAGUUUUUUUAAUUUAGUAAUAAUUUAACUUCAGUCAAUCUUUUCGUUAAUAACAUUUUUAGAAAUAUUUCAUUUUCAUCUUUUAUUUAUUGUUUUAUAUAAAAAUACAUAUGUGACACAAAAAUCAAAUAAACUGCUCUAUUAUAUGAAUGCUCAUAAAUUAAAUAAUAACUGUUGAAAAAAUGACAAGUAUUUCGUAUUAGUAUUACAUUUUUAUGAUUGAACAAAUUUGUUAAAAUUGCACAAAAUUUAAUAAAAGCCAAUAAAAGAAAUGUAAUACUAUUAUGGAAGUUAGAUAUAUUUAGAAGUGUAUAGAAUCUCUCUGUUGCUGAUGUGUGUAAAUAUGAAGGAUUGGCUUCAUGCCUAAACUGAGAAAUAGUGCAAAGUAAAUUUAAGAAUAAAGUUAAAUUCGGCUUUUGUACAUACGCAAAAUGUAUUUUUUGAUCUUGUUACGAGUUAUAAAUUUUCCAUUUCGUAUAUUGGUUCAUGGUAUCUCCAAAUAACUCUAAUUUCUUAUUAAAAACAGCCAGUUUUUAAUGACAACUUAGAGUUUCAUUAUACAAAAUUAGCCUGAGCAAAUUACUUGACAUGUAAAUAUUUUCAAUCACCAGCAAAAAUGUGCAGUGGUAUCUUACAAUUAGUAACUUAAAUUAGAGUUAACACAUGUCAAGUAUACUUGGUUCAUAGUAUCUUGCUCCUACUGCCAAAUGUUGAUCUGUGGACCAUAAAAACAAUAAUCUAUAAAAUGUGUGCUGGAGAGAUUAUUUGUUCAACCUAUGUCUCCUUUUUCAACAUGUCAACAAACCAUCACUUCAAAGUCAGUUCUAACGAAGUAUAUCAAUGCAAUACAAAAAUCAAUACAAAUAAAAUCGUUGGAAUUGACUUCGGCUUCCAUCACGGUCUUUCUGUCGAAGCAAGUCGCGUAAAUCUUAAUUGAAUAGAUUCGGCUGUUACUAAAUCUAGUCUGUGUGUCGUUGAGGAAUGAAAAAACAGUUACUGCAGCCCAAGACACUCAUAAAAGAGUUGACGUUAUUUAAGAACCAAUUUUCAUAUAAUGCUUAACCCACCGAUCUCAUUCGAGUUAACUAAGGCAAAAGUAUAAUACGUUUAAGUAAAUAGUGCGAGAGAAAAUCAAAUGUUUAUGCUUACUUUUUGUUUCUUUUAUAUUUUUAAUUGUUGUGUUAUGAAAAUUGUUUCUUAUUCCCUAAAGAUUCAGUCUAUUUAUAUACAUGUUUGCAAUCGUGUACGUUACUUGUACAAUGUAUGCAGACUCUUGGAUAGUCUUUUUAUAAGAUCAUGUUAGAAUAGUACAUACAAUUACGUUAACAUGCUGUCUUUUUGCUUUUGUGUGUAUUUGUGUGAUAGUAAUUUUUGUACAAUAGAUGUAAAUUAUGAUGUAUUUGCUUAAAUGGAAAACUGUUCUCCUAUGUUUAAGAAAUAAUAAAGAAACGAUUGUUUGAAA